AGGCGCCGGUGGGCGGGUUGUGUGUUUGUGUGUGAUGGCGGAGCGCGGCGCCUAUCGCUGCGUCGAGUGCAGCAGGGAAGCGGCGGAGCUCUACCGCGACUACCGGCACGGCGUGCUCCGCAUCGCCGUCUGCAAAUCGUGCCAGAAACCUGUGGAUAAAUAUAUUGAGUAUGAUCCUGUUAUCAUCUUGAUUAAUGCUAUUUUAUGUAAAGCACAAGCAUACAGACACAUUCUUUUCAAUACAAAGAUAAAUUUUCAUGGGAAGCUCUGCAUAUUUUGUUUACUUUGUGAAGCUUAUCUCAGGUGGCUGCAGCUACAGGAUUCUAGCCAAAGUACAGAUCCUGAUGACUUAAUCAGAUAUGCCAAGGAAUGGGAUUUUUAUAGAAUGUUUGGUAUAGCUUCCUUAGAACAAACUUCAUUUUUGGUUGGCAUCUUUAUUGCCUUGUGGUGGAGAAGACCCAAGAUGCUAAAAACAAAGUCUGACUUCAUUUUACUUUUCAAAGCACUGCUGUUGUCCAGCUAUGGAAAGCUUUUGCUAAUUCCAGCUGUUAUUUGGGAACAUGACUACACGCCUUUGUGCCUUGUAUUUAUAAAAGUAUUUGUCUUGAUAUCAAACUCUCAGGCAAUUAGAGUUACAUUGAACUUGAACCGAAUGUUCCCUUGGUUGGCUAUUUUCUUUGGAUUAAUUUUGGAAUAUGGUGUGGUCUGCUUGGUCCAGAAAAUGGGAUGGGACUUUUGAAAUGUCAGCUCAGACCUAAAAAAAUAUGAACAAAGUGAUGAUCAUUUUCAAAUGAGGAGGGUCACAGAAUAUCCUGAAUUGGAAGGGGACGACAGUCCAAUUCUGGCUCCACACUGCACUACCCAAAAUUCAGACAUUAUGUCCGAGAGCCUUGUCCAAGUGCUCCUUGAAUUCCAGCAGAUUGGGGCCACGACUACUGCCAUGGGGAGCCUGUUCCAGUGCUGGAGUUACCCUCUGUUGAAGAACCAUUUCUUAACACCCAACCUGACCCUCUGCUGAUGCAGUUCCAUGCUGUUCCCUCAACUCCUGUUGCUGUCACCAGAGAGAAGAGAUCAGCGCCUGCACCUCUAAGAUCUUGGCUAAGAAAGAUCUCUGCCAGCAGACUCUGAAGACACUGUUUUUAUAGCGAUGAUGAUGAUGAUCAAUAAUAAAAAUUUUAGUAGACAGUUUGAGGAUGAGCUAAAAUGAGAACCACUUGGAAGUUUGGCUGCUUAAUGUGAUGAGCAAUGAAACUUCCACCUUAGCUUAUUUUUCUAUUAAAAAUAUGAACAUUUCACUAUCCUAAGAGCUUUAUAAAUCUGGCUGUAUAACUGACUGGAAUAAAAAAGGUAUGCUAAAAAAAUUUCAGCACUGCAAGCAAUCGCUGCGUUUUGGCAGAAAGAGGGGGAUGAAUUGUUCCCUUAGGAGGAAGGAAAAGAAUCAGUGGAAAAAUGUAAAAGCCAAAAUUGAUAUUUCAGCACAGACAGAUUUCAGAUAGAAGUAAACAUGUGCAAACAGAUUUUUUUUUUUUUUUAAUAGGAAAGGCAAGUAUUGCAGGUUGAAACUAGACCAGAAAAACUAAGUUUCAUUCUCUGGAAUGUUUAUAUAAAUAAUCCAAAAUAAUAAAAUACCUAGUUCUAGAGUAAUCUCUAGGAAGUACAGUUUUAACUGGCUUUGAAUUUUAUGUGAUUUCAUUUCAUAUUUCAUUUCAUGAAAUAUAAGGGUGCUCAGCAAUGUUCUUUUAUGUAGUAGUAUUUCUAGAAAAAAGAGACAAGGUUUGGAAAGUAUUAAUAAGGAGACACUUACAGAAGUUCUGCACGUUUUUCCUUCACAGGCAAGGAGAGGGAUAGAUGGCCCAUGAAGGAGCUGGCAGAAUUGGUUUUCUCAAGGCACUAGUUAGGACACUGACCUAAUCUUCUGCAGAAUGGUUUCCGUUAUGUUUCAUCCAAUGUUUAAUUUUCCUGCUUCAGUUCUGGAAGGCUGUACUGUCUACAGGUACUAUUUAGCUUUUUCAUUUUUCUCAGGUACAGUCUCCUAUCUAUGUUUUGCAAAAUGCAUUAGUUAAAAUUUUGCAACAUCUUCCAAGUUAACUAGGAACAGGUUUAGAGUAGGUCUAGAUGAUGAUCACAGAAGACACUGGACAUUAAAACCCUUGCAACUACACAGGCUGUGUUAAGUUACUCUGUUAGAAAAGCAAAGGGUUGCUAAUUCUUUUCUUCCACUGAGGAUCAGAGGCCAGCACCAGGUAUGUACUACUUGUUAAAACUGGCAUCUUUCUGAGCAGGUGAUGGUGUGGCCGGUCAGAGAAGGUUUAAAAAAUAAAAAAUAAAAAGGAAGUGUAACUCCAUUUAACUGCACAAGACUGGUCAACACCAAAACUGUUCCAGUAAGCACAUAGUUGUGAAGGUGUAUGAGGGAUCCACCUUGCUGUAGCAACUUUGGCAACUUGGUAUUUAGAACAUGCUUUACUUUGCAUGAUUCGAUUUGGAGAGGUACUCCUCCCCCAUAAUCUUUUUAAAAACAGUACAUUGCUGAUGGUGCUUUGAGGAGUUGUCUUCCUACACUGCCAGACACAUUGUUGCAACAUAUGCUGCAGUUUGAGAAGUUGAAAUGGGAAAGUGCAGUAAAUAUUUUAGAAAAGCUUCAGGGAUGCAAGUUUGGCCUGCUUUCACUUCCUUCCUGCACCUUCUGCCCAUAGUGAAAGAGGGGAUGCAGUUCUGCUGCAGCAGAGAGGGUGACAAGAAUAUGCACUAGGAAAAUGCUGGUGUCUGCUGAGUCGAACCCCAUUUGUUAUUGUAGCUCUCAUGCGGUAUUUACCAGCUUCCUGUGCAUACAAGGAAAACUUUUUGUAUUACAAGUAAUGUAAAUAUUACCAAUCCAGAAGCAAAAUUUGUAAAUAGAAUGUAUAUAAAUUUUCUUAAAGCUGAUUUAGAAUUAAAAAAUAAAACUCAAAAAGUGUCCCAAAAUAACUUCUUUAGUAGACCUAGAAUAGAGAUGAACACUUCCAAAGAAGUGCUUAUAUCUUGUGUCACGCGGGCUGAUAAUAUCUCAGCUAUGCACUCUGCAAUGCUAUCAGGAACCAUCAUUAUUCUUAUGCAACUUUGAGGAAGGAGGAAAAAAAAAAUAGCUAUGCAGCCAUGGACAAAACACGCUUUCAGUCUUUCAGAGGCAUCAUUAUUAUCUAGUCACACAGGGCGCUCUGCCUUGUAUGAUUUUAUGGUUACUAGUGUAUUGGAGUUAGUGUGACAAGUGCACUAAUAUUCCACAAAUCUAGUAUGAACUUGAGGAUUUUCUCUGCGUGUAUGUGUGUUGAGGACUGCAUUUUUGAUGCAUUUGGGAAAGGGUCCCUUAUAGUGCUUCGGAGAAAACCUAGACUAUUUUAAGGUCCUAUCUGUUUAAAAUAGUCAUGUCUCUCUCACGUUUAUUCUUUUUUGUCUUUUCAUCUCAUGCUUCUUAAACUUUUUUUUGUAAUGAAAUAGUCAUCUGUGCUAGAAAAAUGUAUUAAAAAUAGGCUGCCCUUCCUACAUAUCUUGAUAUUGUUUCAUUAACUUGCAUGUAAGGAUUUACUUAGUUAAAAAAAAAAAAAAAAGAAAAGCAAAGAUCAGAGAAAUGAAGUGAGUUUUGCUCAGAAUCCAAUAGGAUAUCAUGGCCUAUAGGAGAAGGAAAUAAGUCCAGAAUUCUGUCAGAUGAAGUGUACAAAGCAAACAGUGAUGUUAUUUAGACUUAGGUUGUGCCAAGGUUUAGUGAUUAUCCAGUGAGAGCUGUGAACUUUAACUGGGUCCAUAGGUCAAGUAUUUAGAAAUUACUCUAUACAACAGUAGAGAAUUGGAGUAAAAGUUAAAUAGUUAAAAGAAUGUAGGUGACAGGAAGAAUUGAGAAGAUCAUUUAAAAGAAAGGGGGAGUAUAAUCUUAAGAAAUGUUAAUGUAAGAAAAGAUGGAUCUAUUAUGGAUAUAGUAUAAAACAGUAUGAGUAUGUGAUUAAACAAAUGAACAUCAUACUCCUAAAUAUUUCUAAGGUUGAACAUGAAAGAAGAAUAUUGUUUCUAGCAGAUAUUCUUGCCAUCGUCUAAGUGGCAACGUUGACAAAUGACAAAGGGUAUCUUCCAAACAGUAAAGCCAAUGACUUUCCCUAAAGAAGUUACUGAUAACCUCAUUAUUUCAGCAGUUUGCACUCCAUCCUUGUAAAUACACUUUUUCCAGCUAAUAAUACAGAAAUUGAUAGAAUCAAUUGUGGAAUGAAUGGAUGAUCUCAGCUGUUGCAUAGCCCUUCCUGUUCACAGCAAUAGUAUGUGUUGCCUUCGGUUUUACUGGUGAGGAAAAGGCUACUACCCUUAUGACCUCAUUCAAGCAUAGACAAGUGAGUCCUUUCUUACACAACCCAUCCUAUCUCCAGCACACAAGCUGCCAUUUGUUAUCCCAGUAUUCAUAAAACUGAAAGUAAAAUAUCCAUCUGCACUGGAAAACUAUUAGCAGCUGAUUUCUCUUAAAACAAGAAAGCUAUUGUUUUUCAGGAAUUUGCAUUUUUCCAAUCCAGUUCUCACCCAAGUGAGUAAUAUUAAGCACCGCAGUGCCAUCUGGAGUUUAAGAGUAAAGCACUGUUGUUUCCAGAACUGGAAGGAACACAAACGCACUGUUAGUACAUCAUCUUUUUUUUUUUUUUUUUUUUUUUUUUUGUAACAUCUCCAAGCUUCUAAAUCAAAGUAUUACUCAUUUACAGUUUGGAGAAAUGUUUAAAUGAACUUAGUGAUCAAAGUCAGCCCACAAAAUAAUUGUUUCCUGACUUUAUUACAAAGUUAAUUCACAAUUUCACUAGGAAAGCUAGGAAAUGCAUAUUACUUUAGUAUGACACCUUAUUUAAGACAUAAAUGGCCAUGCAAACGGUGAUAAUUCUGAGUUUUUUAAAAAACUGUGUGGCAAAAGGCAUAGGGAACAAGUGACUUCAAUGCUAAAAGUCAAUAGGAAUUUUGUCACUGAAUUAAUUUGAAACCCAGGUUGCCACAGUUAGAAUUUGCAGGAAGGAGUAUAUGAUGAGAUAUCUGUAUUCUCUCCUCAUUUAUAAUGCUGUUCUGACCUUCUUAGUCUUUCCAGUAGUGCUUACUAUAUUACAGAGGUGGCUGGAAAGAAGACGUGAAAUUGAAGAGUUCUGUAAAAUCUUUUCCUUAAAUAUGAUCUCCUGUAUAUAUUUGUAGAGUUCUCUUGAGCACUGUAUAAAUAAAGAGCAGGCCUGCAAAGCAACUACUACCUAGCAAAUACUGCCGAUUACAUUUUAAUUGCUAUUCAUUAGAAUUACAGAUUUCUUACUUUUUAUUUUUCUCUCCUUUCUGUGUAAAACGGUGGUUUAAAGUAUCAUAGAAUCAUAAAAUGGUCCGGCUUGAAAAGGACCUCAAAGAUCAUCUCAUUUCAACCCCCCUGCUGUGUGCAGGGUCAUCAACCACCAGGCUGCCCAGAGCCACAUUCAGCCUGGCCUUGAAUGCCUCCAGGGACAAGACCCCCAAAUUUUCUUAUCAUCUCUAACUGUAAUUUUGAAUACGUUUUUAGGCAAAAGAAUUGCCCACAGGAUGCACAGUAGUGCACGUCACAGCUAUGUGAGCAGAGGAGUAGGGACAUGAAUUAAGACCUGAACACUUAUCGUGAAUAUGAGACCAACUACGAGUGUGACCUUGACCUUGUGUUCGUUUAUGUAUGUAUCUCCAUAAAAUGAUUUCACCUCCAUCAUCAUAGGAUUUGGGGAGGGAUUAAAUUGUUGUUGUCUGCUUAAAGAGAUGAAAAGCAUUAAGUCCUCUCAGCUGCAGGUUUCUGGGAGUCAGUCAACACCAUGAAUGUCAGAUAUUGAAACAGACAUGCCAGGAGCCAUAGAAUAUGAAUAUCGAAGUUGACAUGUUCAAAGAAUUCUUCUUUGUUAUGUUAAAGGCAGCCUUAAUUCUGAGCCUUGCUCAGAGUACAUACAUACCUACACAUACGCAGACUUUUAGGGGCAUAUACUGCAAAUCAUGAAUCUCUUAUCAGAAAUUUUAAGUUAUUGCAGCUACAUGUGCCAAAAUAAAUCAGAAAUUGGUUCAAUAAAAUUGAAGGGGUGGUAGCUGACGCAUUAACUCAUCUUACUUUCAGCUAUCUGGAAGGAAAAAUUUUUUGACAGUAUGAGGCUUUGAGGUGGAAAGGACAGGUAUGUCUUGCAUAAAAAUUGUUUUUUGAAAAAAUAUUACUAUUAGUAUCUUUUUUGUAAAUUAAUACAGUAGCAUUGCAUAAAUGUAAACAAGAAAGCAAAAUGUUGAUACAGAAACACUUCUACUCAGCUUACAUUCUCUCCUUGUAAACAGUCCAUUCACUCUGUUUGUAAGCAUCCAUGAGGGUUUUUACCCUUGUAGCCUUUUCCUGCCAUGGAUACUUAUAGCCCUUCUGAUGCUGUCAGACAUGCAUCGUUCUUCAGCUUUGAUCCCUUCUUUGGUCUCUCACUUCACUUCCAGUGUAAGGCUUUGGUUCUAACCUUCAAAGCCAUUGACGCAUCCUGUCUUGGCUACAGCAGAGAUAGCAUCUUUUUCUCUCAAUAGGACUACAGCAUUCUUUUCAUCAACAGAAAUCAAAAGCCAACUAUAAUGUAAUAAUAACUAGGAUGAAGAAAGUGUCAACUGCAUAAUAAAGUGACUUGCCAGAAUCAGGAAAAUUGGUUUAGACUUCUUAGGAUAGAGAGCAUAAGUAAAUAUGUCAUUUUGAGCAUACUGAUUAUCAGCUUUUUCAAUACCAAGGGUCUCUGUUUCCAUUUGAGGACAUUUCUCUUUCUUUGUAAUGUGGAAAUGGCAGAUUACACAGCUAGGAAACCAUAACCCAUCUCAAACACAUUCCAUCCUGGGAGAGAGCAAUAUGAAAAUAAGACAGUGCUGAUAAAUGAAGUAUUUGUUCAGCAAAGGUAGACAGAUUAAAAACAACUCCUUGAUAAAACAGCAUCAAAAAAUGCAUUCAGAUCAUUUCUGCCUUCCCUCAUUGUUACCUAUCUGCUUUCAUUAAAAAAAAAUGCCAACGUGGUGAUGCUAAUCUAGUUCAGCUGCAGGAGCUCUUUGAUAGUAAGUUCAGAGAGGCUUUUAAUCCUUUACGUUCUGUCCUGAUGGAGGACAGCAAAACAGGAAGUUCUCAUGCACAGCUUCUUCCUCUUUAUAAUGGCAGAGUGGAAGAUAGCCAUCUGCAGUUUCAUGCCAUUAUACUGAAAAGUGCUGGCUCCUCUCAACUCCUCACAACAGCUGUUCCUGAGUGUGCAGCUUUGUCCUGAGCAGGCAGCUGACUCUGCUUCUAUUGGUGGGAAGUGAUCUGUUUCCACAGUAUCAGGGCUAAAAGGGAAUCCAGAGGUGAUCUCGUCCUUCCUCUGUUAGGGCUGGCAGCCAGAGAUCCUGUCUGUGAGACCCAAGUUAAGCUGUCUGUCCUAGAUUAGGAGACCUGUUAGAUUUCGUUAUGUGCAGUGGCACUUUGAUGACCAAUUGUUUUUCAGCCUUUAAACUGUGACAGUUUAUUCAAGCAAUAUGAUUUCGUGAAAAUGUAAGAUUUACAUGAGGAAUUCAACGUGAAGAUGGUGGCUUGAUUUUUAAUAAUGUAGUUUCCUGUUUUUAUUUUCCAGAUGCAUUCUUCAAAGUCUCUGCUACCUCCUGCAACAGCUUUGCUAGGGCAGAAACAGUAAAAUCUGUCACCCAGAUUCCUUAGCUGUAGAACUGCAAUGUAUAUAGGACUUUAAAAGAGGUACAGACUACCUUAUUUAUUUUAAUCUACUAUGGAAUUCUUGUCAGGGCUUUUAGGUUGGCUUACACACAGUUAAGCUGAAACAAAAAUACAAUCAUUGCCUGAAAACUAGAGCAUCUAUUUUAGAGUGGAACGCAAGGAUUGGACAUGGUGAAUUGAGAUCUCUGUUUCAGGAUAAUAAACGCGCCUGUACAAACACCCUUUUAAUUUGUAAAAGAAUUGUAGUCUAAGUCUCUAUAGCCAGCACACUUUUAAUCGGAUUCUCUUACAAAUUUUUUUGUAUUUGCUUGGCUUCUCUAAUACUGAUUGACGUAUUUUUCUCUACACACCUGCAUUUCAAGGCAGAGAAAAGAUUUUUAUUCUCUAUGAGAAGUUAUAUUCAAAGAGUAGAACAAUUCUCCAUUUGCAACAUAAAUAGAAAGGACUUUGUGAAUGACUGGCUAGCGAUAAGUGGCACGGGGAAAAGAAGUCCCAUUGUGUGAUCACAGAAAGCACUGAAGACAAGACAAAUCUAUUUACAUAUGAAAACUCAGACCUUAAGCAAAUCCUACAGAAAAGGACAUGAGGCAAGAUAAACGAAAUACAUAAAACAGAUGGGAGAAUUCCUUCCCCCACCGCCCCAGAGAUUACCACAAGUUUCUACCACACUCAUUUGUCAUUAAAUUUUAAUCCUUGAUGCAAGUGCAGUGAUUGUCCUCAAAAUACACUCGGGGUUUGUUCAUAAAUGUUUUUUUCCUCGUAAAAAAAAUGCACACAAAGAGGUAUAAAUAAUAUAUGCUAUGUAAGUGCUGUAUAUUCCAUUUAUCUCUGCAGGUUAUAUUCUGUGAUACAUUGUAUUUCUAGGAAUACUUCUCCAAUUUGAGCAAUGUGACUAAAUAUCUGUCAAGAAGAGCUAGAGUAAAUCAAAUAUACUAGAAAAGAUUCUCUUCUAUUUGUACAAUAUUACACAGAAGCAUGAAGGAAUAUCCGGACUCAGAAUGUAGGUGUCCUGUAUUCAGAAGACAAAAAAAUAACAAAUGGUAACAGGGUUUUGAUAUUCUUGUACUAUGAGAAGUGAAUGUCCUUCCUAACAAUGUGUUAUUUUUUUUCAGCUGAUUCUCAUUAAAUGGCCCUCCCCAGUACCAAACAAGUGUUUCAGUCUUUAGGUAAUUUACCCUUUGUGGAAUGUAAAACACAAAAAUAAUCUUAUUCCAUGACAUGAAUAGUCCAUGGUGUUGUUAGUAACACGGGCUAUACAUGUGGUCCUGUCUAAGCUUUUGCUUUUCCUAUUCAAAAUUUUGCCUCAUUUCUUAUAAAUUCACCUCUGUAUGCAGUGCUUGAACUUUCCAGUAUCUUACAUAGGCAUAAUGAAACUGUGGGCAGUGGAGCUUUUGGUACAAAUAGUGCUACAGAUCAUUGUUAAAUCCCAGAUCCAGUUGAACUGAAGACACUGUAAACGGUUGAGUUUAGAGGAGAAAAUAACAAAACUUACUGCCUGUAUCCUACAGGUGCUUUUGUAAGUGAACUAAUAACCUUACUGUGUUGCCCUUUUGCAAAUGAUUUAAAAGGUUCUGCUGUUUGACAAGUCAGAACAGUUUAAGCUAUAGCUGGUAGGAUGCAGACAGGCAAAUUUAUUGUUUGUGACAGUGCUUGGUAUCCUGAGCCAAAAAGAGCUCUAAAACUAUUACUCAUGUGUCUAGCCAGAUAAUCACAGGGAAGUUUCUGAUCCAUGGAAGAAAUGCUUGAGAUUUCUGAAAGAGAAUAUUUAGCACUGUGAGAAGGAUUGAACUACUUCUGCUACCACAAAUUGCCUUAAAGCAGUUUGACACACAACUGACACACAACUGAACUCCGCACACUGACAAUUCCCAACAGCAAACAAUGCAGUCUGCUCUGGCCACAUGUUUUAAUUUCUAAUAGUCCACAGUCUGUAAGAGAUUUCUCCUCUUACUUUGCACUGAAGAAUUCUCAAAAAUUGCAUUAUCUUAAAGACAUUAUCUUACAUUAUCUUAAUAAUGUUGUAGCACUAAUGCAUUCAAAACCAUGGCAGAAAUUCAGUGGAAGUAGUCACGAGCCUGUGUAUUUCAACAGCAAAUAGUUUUGUCUCUUUAAAUUACAUACCAGCCUUAUCUGAAAAAUGUAAAUUCUAUUGCUAAAAGCACAUUCCUCUGAAAUCACAUGUGGGCCUGAUUACCCAACGCUGUUUGUUUCCACAUCCAUCUAAUGAAUUUUCCUGAAUAGAAAGGAUGAAAGGAAGCCAAAAAAGUAAAAGCAACAGACUUGUGCAGUGAAUAUUCAUCUCCUCCAAAAGUACCCUUUCAUUUAAAAACAAAUGGCUAAGUUCACUGCUAGCCCUCUGAAGUGAGAACUUUCGACCUAAUACUGCUGCUUUCUUAUGAAGCUUAAUUGCCCUGCAAGCAGCAGGCGCCAGUCCAGCACAAAUCAAGACUCACCUACAGUUCAAUCAAUUACAUCUGCCCUUGAGGAAAUCUACACUGUGAGCUAUGUCUGCUCUUCCAGACAAUCUGAUCUUGGGAUAGCUUGUCACUGUGUACAAACCAUGUAUACAGAUUUCACAGAUUCUUUUAACCUCAGAAUACCAAAGAAGCCAGCCCUUUGCAACAGACCCUGUGUGCUUGCAGAGCUGAUUAUGGAGUUAGAAUAGCCGGGAAGCUAGUCAGAACAGCUUGGUAGGGAGCCUUACCACUUACUGUAUGGAGCCUUAAAACUUCCAGAAAAUGUUAAAAUCAAUAUAAGAAUACUUUUGAAAUGAAACAGAGCUCUAGUUUAUAUUACUUCUAAUUAAUUUUCGUUUUAAAGAACAAAACGAGUUAUUUCCUUAGGUCAUGCAGUGUUGUUAAAUUUAAUAGAUUCAGAUAAACCAGCAAAUAUAACAAUGGAUGGUAAAUACACAUCUGAGGAGUUGUUUUCUUAGAAAGUGCAUGUAGUAAAUGGAAAUAAAUAUGAACCUGAAACUA